CUGAUGGCUCAAUUGGGAGCAGUUGUGGCGGUGGCUGCCAGUUUCUUUUGUGCAUCUCUCUUCUCGGCUGUGCACAAGAUAGAAGAGGGGCAUAUUGGGGUAUAUUACAGAGGCGGUGCCCUGCUGACUUCCACCAGUGGCCCUGGUUUCCAUCUCAUGCUCCCUUUCAUCACAUCAUAUAAGUCUGUGCAGACCACACUCCAGACAGAUGAGGUGAAGAAUGUACCCUGUGGGACUAGUGGUGGUGUGAUGAUCUACUUUGAUAGAAUUGAGGUGGUAAACUUCCUAGUCCCAAAUGCAGUGUAUGAUAUAGUGAAGAACUACACGGCCGACUAUGACAAGGCCCUCAUCUUCAAUAAGAUCCACCACGAACUGAACCAGUUCUGCAGUGUACAUACACUUCAGGAGGUCUACAUUGAGCUGUUUGAUCAGAUUGAUGAAAACCUCAAACUGGCUUUGCAACAGGACCUAACCUCCAUGGCUCCUGGGCUUGUCAUCCAAGCCGUGCGGGUGACGAAGCCCAAUAUACCUGAGGCAAUCCGCAGAAACUACGAGCUGAUGGAAAGCGAAAAGACAAAGCUGCUCAUUGCAGCCCAGAAACAGAAGGUGGUGGAGAAGGAAGCCGAGACAGAGCGGAAGAAGGCCCUCAUUGAGGCAGAAAAAGUAGCUCAAGUUGCAGAAAUCACCUAUGGGCAGAAGGUAAUGGAGAAGGAGACUGAGAAGAAGAUUUCAGAAAUUGAAGAUGCCGCGUUUCUGGCCCGGGAGAAGGCAAAGGCCGAUGCUGAGUGCUAUACCGCUGUGAAAAUAGCCGAAGCCAACAAGCUGAAGCUGACCCCUGAAUACCUGCAGCUGAUGAAGUACAAGGCAAUCGCUUCCAAUAGCAAGAUUUACUUUGGCAAAGACAUCCCUAACAUGUUUGUAGACUCUGCAGGCAGCCUGGGCAAGCAGUUUGAGAAGCUGGCUGACAAGCUGAGUUUUGGCUUAGAAGAGGAGCCCUCAGAGGCAGCCACAGAGGGGAACUGAAAAUGUUUUUAUACAACCUCAGAUGACACUUGAAGAAAUCUUUAUUUUUUAAUGAUGAACCCAAUUGUCCCCUCCUUCCCGUACUACCUUCUUUGACUCGCUUCGAGGUACUGUGGUGAAAAAGAAGAAAUGAACUUAAAUCUACUCCCCUUCCUGGUAAGGGGGGUGGGAAUUGAUGAUAGGAGAGUUUAUUCGGGUGGGUGGGUAAUUUAACUUCUGAUAAGAUUUGUACGCCAUUUCACCUUGGAUCUCCAGGCACUAAUUUUGACCCUUUAAAGCUGGCUUACUUAGGGAUGCUGUCAUUAAGGCAUAGGGAAAAUGUAGGAUGUGGCCUCCAGGUGACUUGAUUUCCCUUAUUUGGAAAAACGUGGUCCAAUUUUCUCACCCCUGACUCCAAGGUGGGAGGUGUGAGUGGAUGGGAGGUGUCUGUGGGUGGGAGGUGUCUGUGGGUGGGAGGUGUCUGUGGGUGAGGCUCAGCAACUGAGCGAAUAUGUGCUUGUAAGUUUGCCAGUAGAGCUGUGGAGAAACAGCUGCAGAGAAUGUUUGACUUGCCUGGCAUUUUUGUCUGUACACGUGUGAGUUAUUUUCAGGGUGUGCUGUCUCGAGCCCUCAUAAGGAAGAACUGGUGCUACGUUUUGCAAGGUUUUCUGUACGCUCCCCUUCUUGCCCAAGAGUUUAAAGAGUAUGGUGCUUUCUGACUACAUUUCCAGGGUCAGUGCUUGGCACCACCACACAGUUCUUUUUGGAACUUUUCACCUAUUCAGAGAUUGGUUUUACUCCCUCUCAAUCUGUUUGCUGGUUCCAGUCAGCAUCAAGAAGACAGGUACAAAAACUCAGGUGUCUUCACAGUUGCUGAAGGGGAGUCGUUACAUCUGUUAGCCAUAUCUGCCUGGCAGAUUAUGUAUGUACCUUGAGACCAAGUGCCUCUAUCGUUGUGGAGAUUCUACACUGAAGAUUUCUGGUACCGCGUACAGAAGAGGAAGAAAGGUCAUCCAAGAGAUUUCCUAGUCUUACUGCCUAUGGCUUGUGCUGGGAGUGAGACUUGUCCCAUACGGUGAUAAAAAGGGAGCCCUUUCCCUAAGUAGUGUGUGUUUUUCAACUCAGGGCUCUAAUCGGGUCAGACUGAAUGUCAAAUCUCUAGAGACAGCUGUGAGUGCAAGGCCAAGUUCAUGCCAUGCCCAAGCCCCUGGGUUGGAAUGGCUGCAUCAAGAUCAGUUUAAAAUGUUUAUUUUUCCUUACUGCUUGGGAAAAUUUCAGCCAUACUGGGAGAUCCAGGGUGGGGGAGCGCAGAGAUGAAAGAAACCUUCUUAUAUCCAGAAAUGAGUGCUGGGGGAGGAGGCCAUUCUAGCUCUUGAGCUGUGUAUAGCAGUGUUAAGUGGAGGACAGUUAUAUGGAGUUAAUUUGCAAGGUAUUGUCCAUGACCAGGAGCCCUGGUGGCACAGUGGUUAAGAGCUCAGCUGCCAACCAAAAGGUCAGCAGUUUGAAUCCACCAGCCGCUCCUUGGAAACCCUAUAGGGCAGUUCUGCUCUGUCCUGUAGGGUUGCUAUGAGUCGGAAUGGGUUGGGUAUCUAUGAGCAACUCUGGCUUAGGAUUUCGCCUUAUUGGCUGUCCUCUGAGACUCCCGCCAUACCCCUCCUCCCGAGGUGAACGAUAUGAAUGCUGGUUUCUGGCAACAGAUCCCCACCUCAUAUUUGGCCCCAUUUGCACAUUUCUGGCUUAAUAAAUGGCCUUUUCUCAAGCUGGAACUCAGGCAAGCUUGCUCCUAAGCAGUACCAGGCCUGUCAGGAGUUUGAGGAGGAUCCGUCCUACAUAGGAAGGCACAGACCACUAACUCCCCUUACUUCAAAUAUUGCUCUUCUCUGUUCUAAUUCCUGGGACUCAGAAUUCUCAAGCCAGUCAUCCUGGUCACACUUUGCGCAGGCAUCAGAAGGUUCCUGGGGAGUGACAAAUGUCAACGUGCUCAAGAGUUCUUGCAGCAGGUGGUCAGUCUCCCAAGACCAGUAUAGGGUGUCCCUAAGAUGCACUCGUUUGCUCCCAUUUCAAUGCCAUUGGCCACUUGGUAAGAGCAGUGUGGCAGGUCCGGUAUCCCUGAUGUACGUCUUUGCCUGCUUCUCCCCUCUGAUCUCUCGCUGCAUGGUACGGGCCUCAGAAAACACUGCUUCACUGCAGUAGAAUCAGGAGCAGGCAUACCUGAAGCUCUCUCAGCAGCACGUUUUGCUCAGGUUCCUAACUUGAAAGUCUCUCCAGUACUAACACCUGGUGAUAGUUUGUCCAUUGCACUAGAUACACUUUGACCACAAAAGAGCCUCAAGAGUAAACUCCUGCUGCAACUGCCCUACCCGCUCUGUGUUACUGUCACUUCCUCAGACGAAAAAUAUGAAUGUUGUACCCACUGUCUUAAACCCAGUGGUUGUCUGUACCUGCCUGAAAAGUACAAUCACGGAAUUUAACUUUCCUUAGCAUAGGGCAAGUAACCCAUCUGUCUGUUGUGGGUUUUUUUUUUUUUUUUCCCAACACUUACUAGAAAAUCCGAUCUUAAAAGUCUGAAUUCUAAACACACAAACUGUGACAGCCUGCGAUUUUGUAGGCAGUAGAGUCAUGGCUGCUAUUUAUAAAUGGAACUCUUGUUCCGAUCAAAGUAAAUAACUUCAAGAAAUUAAGUUUUUGUAGGAUUUUCCAAGGAAAAGUCACCUUGGUUGAAUGUUUCUCAGUCAUUAAACUUUGCAGAAACAAUUCAUAGUCAUUGCUGUUUUUAAUCACUUUUUUAAUAUGAGGACAGAAUGUCUGCAAGGAAGCCAAAGUUUGUUAUUAAUUUUUAUAUGACAAAAGUAAAAUAGAUUUAGAGGAAUCCUAUGAUCAUAGUAAGUUGAGGGGGGGGAAUCACUGAAAGAAUCUUAGCAUUGUAUUCAUCAAAAAAACAGAUGUUUUAGAAAUGAUUUGUAGUAAUUCCUGUGAAUCUAUGUAUCUUUCGGCCCUGAUAACUUUUAUCAUUUAUAGGGAGGAAAUAGCAAAAGUAAGGUGAUGGUAUUUACCCCCUUGACUUAGGCAUGUAAGCUUUACUUAGGAUAAACUGUACCUUGGCUAGUGGCUGUUCUGUGUCUGUAAACUUAACCACUGCUUCCUUAGUUCUAGCCGAUUGAGGUCUAGGCACUGUUUCUAUUGUUUCCUUAUAUAAAGAGGUAGUAGCCAAUCAUUUCGUGUUUGUAUUGCCAUUCCCUUUUAUUUCGGCUUUUGUGUAGGCUGGUGAUUGAAUAGUCAGCCUGAUUCUACUUUCAAAGAGCCCUGAGGGCUUAAUGACCCCCCCUCGUAACUGGGAAAUUAUUGUUACACUAAUCAUUCUGUAAAUGAUACUGCUGGAGUAAUUGCCUUGAGUUGAUAGCUGGAGGAAUUGUUCUGGACAACACUAAAGGUCUUGUGUGAAUUUAUGUCUUAGUUUUAUUUCCAGUCUUGCUAAAUAAAAUGAGUCUUUGUA